AUGGGCUCUAUCGGAUCCUCCCAUCAUGACCCGCAACUCGCAGCCUCCGCGUCCAGCAACGAGGCCGCGGACAUGAUCACGCUGGACUGCUCCAAGCUUCACGGGUCCGCCGCCGAACGAGGCGAAGCGCUCCGCCAGCUCGACCACGCCCUGCAAACCUACGGCUUCAUCUACCUAGCCAACCACGGCAUGCCGGCGGAGCUGACCAACCGCCUCCACUCCAAGCGCUUCUUCGCCCUCGACGCCGCCACCAAGAACCUCAUCCCGCGGCCCGCCAGCGACGCCCUCGAGGACCACCUCGGCUACGCCGAGUACGGCGUCGGCCACAUCAGCCAGCUGGUCUUCGACGAGGCGGCCGUCGAAGCCCACCGCCGCGCGUCCCCGGACCACAAGGAGACCCUGGAGGUCGGCAACCCGGCCGACCCGAAGAACCGGUGGCUGCCGGAGUCCGUCUUCCCGGGGUUCCGCGCCUUCUACACGCGCUUCUGGGACGCGUGCAACGAGGUCGAGGCCGCGCUGCGCCGCGCGCUCUGCGACAUCCUCGCCAUCGAGCCCGACACGCUGUGCCGCAUGCAGAGCCAGCGGUUCGGCCACAUCAGCUUCCUCCACUAUCCGCAGAUGGUGCUGCAGUCAGCCUCGGCCACCACGGCGGCGGGGGAUUCCGCGGGGGGCCAAGGCCCGCGUCGAUUGAACGCGCACACCGACUACGGCGGCCUGACCCUCGUCUUCCAGGACCACGUGGGCGGGCUGGAGGUGCACGACGGCGCCGUCUUCCGGCCGGUGGCGCCCAAGCCCGGCACGAUCGUCGUCAAUGUCGGCGAUAUGCUGGAGCGGCAGUCAAAUGGGCGGUGGAAGAGCGCCUUGCAUCAGGUCGUGGGGCCGCGCGAGGAGACGCUGGGUGCACGCUCGGAUGCGGGCAAGCUGGUCUUCGAUCGCUACUCGAUUGCGUAUACCGGGGCAGUGGACCCCGAGGUCAUGAUCGAGACGUUGCCGGGCUGUGACGUGCCGGGGACAUGGAGGCCCAGUAUGGCCGACUGGGACCAGGAGAAGCCGGUGACCUCCUAUGAAUGGCUGACGAAACGGGUGGCAGCCGAGUAUCACCAGGGCUGA